GCUGGUUGCACCCACACUGCUCCUCCACGUUUCGUCAUCACUGUGUUCUGCAGACGACAGAGCGGUCCUUUAGACAGCUGCCUUGCCGACCUGCGGACAGUGAGCGUGUCGCGCAGAGACAUGGACAUGAGGACACACUGAGUGCAGAUGACUGAGCCGCGGACCGUCAGGGCAUUCCUGUGAUAGGGACAACUGAUCAACGCCGGAUCAACAUAUCAAAUAAUCACACUUGACAGAUUAUCACUAACACCCGUUAAAGAACUAAGAAGACAGUUUGCCAGUCGCCAGUGCGCAUUUUGGCCCUUGUGGAUCUAUGCUUUUUUCAUCACUUUGCAUCGAUUUCAGUCAUUAUUGAUUUACCCAUGUCACAGGACAGGGCAGGAUUAUAAUUGCCUCUUGGAUGUAAAAGUCAUCGAUUUUCCUUUUCAUCAACACCAAACUUUUCUUUACACGUUUGGAAAUUGCUUACGAAGAUGGCGCAAAGGUACGAUGAGCUGGCUCUUUAUGGAGGCGCGAUGGACGGAGUCGGAGUCCCCACUUCCAUGUACGGAGACCAGCACGUCCCCCGGCCCCUGCCCCAGGUCCACCCCCUGAACCACGGGCCGCCUGCGCAUCCGACGCAGCACUAUGGAGCCCACGCGCCGCACAACAUCAUGCCCAGCAGUAUGGGCAGCGCCGUCAGUGACGCACUAAAGAGAGACAAGGACCAAAUCUACGGUCACCCUUUAUUUCCACUGUUGGCUCUGGUGUUUGAGAAGUGCGAGCUGGCAACCUGCACGCCCAGGGAGCCCGGGGUUGCGGGAGGAGACGUUUGCUCCUCCGACUCCUUCAAUGAAGACAUAGCUGUAUUUGCAAAACAGAUCCGCGCAGAGAAACCUUUAUUUUCUUCCAACCCAGAGCUAGAUAACUUGAUGAUUCAAGCAAUUCAAGUCCUACGAUUUCAUCUCCUGGAAUUAGAAAAGGUUCAUGAGCUCUGUGAUAAUUUCUGCCACCGGUACAUCAGCUGCUUAAAAGGCAAAAUGCCUAUUGACUUGGUCAUAGAGGACCGAGACAUCUGCAAGUCGGACUUCGACGACCUCUCUGGACUCUCCACCAACCUUGCUGAUCAUAACCCCAUAUCCUGGAGAGACAUGGAUGACACCCACUCCAUGCCCUCUGUGGGCACCCCGGGACCGUCCAGUGGAGGACAUGUUUCUCAGAUUGGCGAUAACACCAGUGAACUUGGAGAUGCCCUCGACAACAGCCUGGCAUCACCAGGCACAGGAGACGAGGAUGACCAAGAUAAGAAAAGGCAGAAGAAACGAGGCAUUUUCCCCAAAGUAGCAACAAAUAUAAUGAGAGCAUGGCUCUUCCAGCACCUUACGCACCCGUAUCCCUCAGAGGAACAGAAAAAGCAGCUAGCACAAGACACAGGCCUCACCAUUCUUCAAGUGAACAACUGGUUUAUCAAUGCAAGGAGGAGAAUAGUCCAGCCUAUGAUUGACCAGUCCAACAGAGCAGUGAGUCAGGGAACAGCUUACAGUCCAGAUGGCCAGCCAAUGGGAGGAUUUGUUCUUGAUGGGCAGCAGCACAUGGGUCUUCGGCCUGGAGGGCCAAUGGGAAGCAUGGGCAUGAACAUGGGCAUGGAUGGGCAGUGGCACUACAUGUAAAUCCACUUCACUGAGGCAAGCCUGAAAAACACUGGUGAAGCCUCCAUGGUGGGCUCAGGGAUCUUCUUCCAUCUGGCUGUGGAGCUCAGUACUGUAGCCGCCUCAGCUGCCACCACGUCAAACCCACCUGAUCAUAUAUCCACUUGACUACUCCCACUCCCACCUCACUUUGCCCAAACCUGCAAGGUGUGCAGGUGUAGAGGAUUGCAUGGAAGCACCAGGCCGCUCAAAACUUUAACAUUAAAUGAAACAGAGACUUGGAGUUUUACGGCUGCAUGGAAAAUAUAAGGAUGAAGGGCUUCAUAGUGAAGAGAAGCAGUUUUACACAUCUCUUCCGUUUUGUUAAAAUUAUGUAUUUAUUUUUCUACAUCAGCGGAUCACGGGAAAGACAACUUUUUACCAUUUUACAAGUAAAAUAAAAUUGUACAAAACACACACACACACACACACACACAACCUCUCUUUACAGUAAAACAAAACAAAAAAACACUGUGAAUAUAUUUUUUUUAAUAUAAGACUUUAAUUGUUGUACUAUAUGUGUAUUCUUUAUUUGGAUGUUUCUAUUUAUGUUUGUACUUUGUGAUCACUAGAGGAGUGAGCUUCUACCACUGACUUGUGUUUUUUUAAAUCCCAACUUUAAUCAAAAAAAUUGUAAAGGACAAAAAACUGUACAUUUUUGUUUCUGUCUUCAAUGCACUGCAUCUCUUUCUUUUACUUAUAAAUUUGAACUAAAACCUUCUUUUUUUUACAAUGUUUUGAAUAGCUGUUAGCACCAAAACACAGAGAUGUCUGCUCUCAAAUCAAGUACACAAACUUAAAUGAGUAAGA